AAUCAAAAAAAAAUUCACACAUCUGACUCUGUCUCACCUCGCCACCAACCAAUCACUCGCCUCAUCAUGGAUUUUUACGUAUUUAUUUGAAGUGGGUGGGUGGAUAAUUUACUCACGAUUCAACUAUGGAUAAUUAGGGUCUUGGGGUAUCUCUAAUUCUCUAUUAUAUAUGACAAUACAUAAGGGACAUAAAAAAAUAUAACUAACUACUUUAUUAAAACGAAAAAGGGGGGGGGGGAAAUACCACAUUUAAAUUGAACAACAUCCUUUUGAAAAAAAAAAAAAAAACGAAGAUAAUUCUUCAAUACAAUUAAUUUAAUUUUCGAUCUAUUGUUGGCUGUCACACGCAGUCACGCAUGGUGUGCAUAAAAAACUAGUAGACCGGAGGGAUUUCCAAACGUCCAACUUCAAAGUUGAGCGCCAUAGUAUUCACUAUUCCACAUUCAAAUUUGUUUCCUUCACUCACACACUCUCUUUUUCUCCCCAAAACAAUGGAGAAAAGGCUUCGUUCCUCUCUGCAAAACUCUGCAGAUUCAUUUUUAGCAUCAGCCUCAAAACUGUCUCUAAAAUCCGCAAAACCUUCAUUGAAAUCCCUAAUCAACACCAUUAAACCUUCUUCAGAGCUCUCAACUACUCUCCCUCUCUCUCUCCUCUCCUCCAUUUCUCGCUCAAUCGCUUCCUUCAAAAACCCUUCAAUUCCCAGAACUCCACCUUCACCCCCAUCAAAAAAACCCAGAAGAUCCUCUCGCAAUUCUGCCACACACGUCGAAGAACAAAACCCCCAACCUAAAUCCCACAUUCACAAUCUUCAAAUUUGCGCUUACAUUGCCCUAAUUUGUACAAAACAACCCCAAAAUGCUUUCUCUUCCGACGAUUUAUUCCCCUCUGUGAGAGAAUUACAUGACAAUUUGAUCCUUUUUGAGUCUGAUAACGUCCUCUUAUCAGAGAUUUCUAACUUGUGUGAGUUAUGGUGGAAGGAGGAGCUUGUUGGAAGAGAGUUGUUAAUCUCUCAAUUCCUCCCGUUUCUCGUUUCGAGGUCGUUAACUUUGCGUAAAAAGGUUGAUGUUCAUAGGGUUUAUGUGUUGAGGGAAGCUUUUCUGUUGUUUGAUUUUGAGGAUGAGAGUAUAGAGGAUUUGAAAUUCUUGCUUGUUAGAUGUGUGAUUACCCCUCUUUACUUGAAGACCGAAGAUGGAAAGCGAUUUAUCGCCUUUUUGUUUGGUUUGAGCAUUCAACUUCUUAAAGAAGUGUUGGCAAUUAUCAAAUCUCAAAUUCCUUUUGGGAGGAAGUCAAUGUUGGAGGCUUAUGGGGAGAUUUUGUUUAGAGGGUGGAAGAGUGUGGAUGGUGAUCUUAGGGGAGAGAUUGAAGAUGGGUUUUUGCAAGGUUUGAUUGAGGCCUCAACUUUUGCUGCUUCUGCUUCCUUUGCAGCUUCUAUUCGCAGGAUUUUAGGAGGGUUUAUUAAUCAGAGGACUACUGAAGGGGUGGAGAAGAUCCUCUUUCGCCUUGCUGAGCCUGUAAUUUUUCGGUCUUUGCAGGUUGCAAAUUCAAAUGUUCGACAGAAUGCCCUUCACUUACUCUUGGACAUUUUCCCUCUCGAAGAUCCAGAUGCUACAAAAGAGGCUAAGGACACAUUGCUUGAUAAACAAUUCUUCUUGUUGGAGAGAUUACUUAAAGAUGAUUGUCCAGAUGUGAGGGUAGUUGCAGUAGAAGGUUGUUGCCGUAUCCUUCGUUUGUUUUGGGAAAUCAUUCCUUCCUCUACUAUCACAAAAAUAAUAACUAUCAUAUUUGAUGAUAUGUCUCAUGAUAUAUCCAACGAGGUUAGACUCUCUACAUUGAAUGGGAUUAUUUAUUUGAUUGGCAAUCCUCAAGCUCACGAACUCCUCAAAGUUCUCUUACCAAGAUUGCGUAGCAUGAUUAUGGAUUCAGUUCUGUCUAUUCGAAUUGCUAUGGCCGAUCUCCUGCUACUCAUUAUGGAUGUUCGAGGGUUCCAAUUUAAUAAGGUUGUUGAUCUGGAUGUUUUGCUGAAUAUUCUUGCAAAUGAUCAACCACUUGUUGCUCAAAAGAUAGUACGACUUCUCUUACCAUCAUACUUUCCAAUAAAGGUCAAUUCAGCAGAAGCAUGCACUCGCAUGAUCACACUAAUAAAAAGGUCUCCAAUGGCUGGCGCAAGGUUCUCUGAGUUUCUUGCGUCAGAAGGAGCGUCUUCAAAGCAUCUCAUGGAACUUGUCAGGGUUCUUACUGAUAUAGUCCUCGCAUCUGAUACACUUGAUGCAGAUCAUAUUAAGGGGAUAUUUAUUGCUAUAAGCCACCUUUGCAGGAACCUAGUCAAUGAGUCAUCUCGUAGAGAAACCCUGAAGGAACUUUUUUCACGUGAAAAACUCAACGGCCUUUUGGCUGCUGCCAUGCUUGGGAAUGCUCAAUCCUCUCUUUUCGAUGUUGUUUCUGUUGUUUCUCCUGCUGGUGCAACUGAAUUACUUGAAAAAUGCUUAGCUGUAGUCUCGAAUUGCCAUGGCUUGUCUCAGAAUGAGGAAAAGCAAGCUGAAGUGCGUUCUGCACACAAACUGGUUAUAGCUUGCAAAUGGUUUGACCAUAUGUUCGAGGCUCUAUCAAGGCUGUUGCAAGAUACUGCUAUCAGGUGUAGUGAAUACUUCCGCAUUGAAAUACCCAGGGAGAUUACACCAUCUGCAAAGAGAAAAAAAGGCAGACUCACUAGAGAAUUGGGAAAAGGCAAAUGUGUGACUGGAAAAGGACCAUUAGCAUUCCAAUACAGUUACCAAAUUUCAGUAGGAAUAGCAUGGCAAAUAAAAAAUCUCUUAGCAUCUGAGAUCAGCCAAAGUGCUGUGCUCAAAUCCAAGCACUUAAAAGUGGUAAUUGUUGCCUUGAAGGUCAUAUCUGAAAUAAGCAUUGGCCAUAGUACGUGCUGUGAUUUUAUGGACGCGUUGUUGGUUGAUGCAUAUAUGUCUCUUUCUCUUCAUAUGACCAUUCAACAUAUUAGUGUCAACGAAGUUGAUGAUAACAGUGACAAGGAGCAUAAUGUGCCAGACUCUGGGUCCGCAGAGGAGAGAACACAUGUGGAUGAGACAUCGGAUUAUCUGCUCAACUGUACAGAGAAAAUACUUAAUGACGGGGGUUUGGCAAAAUCUGGAGCAAUGUCGUCAGAAUGUAAGCUAUGUAACAACAUGGCUGCUCAGCUUCGCAAGCAGAAGCAAGUAAACUCUCCUUUGGAUGCCUCUUGCUCUAAUAAUGAUGGAUCACCCUUUUCUUACCGAAGAAGAAUGUUGAAUUCGGUGAAGAUCUGCACUGCAGUUCUGAAGUUCAUUGUCGAUGCAGCAGCAAUAAACCUCCUUUCCCACAGCAGACAAAAGGUUCUGAGUUUCACAUCUUCCUAUAUGCAGAAUAUGGUCUCCAUCUUAAAGCGCCAUUUUCAUGAUGAAUUGAAGUUUCAAGAUGAACAACUUAAAGAACUCCAUUUGUGCUUGAAGAGUUCUUACACUUAUGCAGCCAAGUUGCUUAAUGUAGUUCUCGCAAGUGCCAAUGAAGAUUCUCCUGCUUCUCCAGAAGUCUAUGAAGUUGCUAAUCAUCUGCUUGAUCUAAUAGCCUCAAUUGAGUUGUACAGUGGGUCUACUUAUGCAGCACGUCUGGUUAGUUUAGCGAAGCAAUGGCUGCCUGAUGUAAUUCUGGGAUUGGGAUCUAAGAACUUGGUGAAACAGUCUAUGGAAGAAAAUAUCUCUCUGCACUUGUCUAGUGACGGUGAAAUGCAUAUUCAUCCAUGGCUUUCAAUUUUAGCAAGCAUUGAGCUUUAUGAAAUGAAAUACUCUGAAUCAGACGACGAGGAAGAUGAUGAUAAAGCCACAAAUAAUGAAAAGUUCCCAGCAUUUAGAAAGCUUAUAGGAAUGAUGUCGCAACUAUCUCGAAUGAAUCAUGAGAUACUGGACAUUGUCGGACUAAUAUUUCUCAUUAGCUCUAUGACUGGUUUGCAAAGAAAGGAUUUUGGCCUUGCCUUAGGUCUUGUACGCUUUGUUUGCACGAAGCUGUUAAGCCAGGAAAACAUACAGCUGGGGGAGCUCAAUAUGAUCAUGACUUAUCUGCAACAACUAUACCCACAAGUGAAAAGCUGUGUUGAGGAAGCAGAGAACAGUGAAGGGUUACAAGAACUUCUUGGUAUCAAAGCAUUGCUUGAUCCUCUCUGGUUUUAUUCAUGUGAAACCUGAUGUAUAACAUUUGUAGAACAUAUGUUCUCUUAUGCACUCUGCAAGUUUUCUGUGUAAAUAAAAUGAUAAGCGCAAUUAAAUGCAUUAUAGUAUUGUUAAAUGCAAAAUGUAGCUCCUUUAUCUUUAAGUAA